UUCCAGCAGAUGCGACAGGUGAUUCAGCAGAACCCGCAGCUGCUCAAUGCAGUGUUACAGCAGCUUGGCCAGACUAACCCCCAGCUCCUGCAGCUCAUCUCCAGGAACCAGGAGGCAUUUGUGCGGAUGUUGAAUGAGCCCAGCCCACCACCAGGUGGUGCCAGCCAGGGAGGUGCACCCGGUGGCCUGGGCAGUGGAGGAGCUCCCAUUGAGGUCAACUACGGCCAGGUCACACCUCAGGACAAAGAGGCCAUCGAGAGGCUGAAGGCGUUGGGCUUUCCAGAGUACCUGGUCGUGCAGGCCUACUUUGCCUGCGACAAGAACGAGAACCUGGCCGCCAACUUUCUGCUCUCGCAAAACUACGACGACUGACGCCUCUCGACGCUGUGCCUUAAGCCCUCCUCUCCCACAGGCCCCUGCUGUCUGAAGCCGCAGGGCAACCCUUUCUCGGUUUUCGGCUCGCCCCAACAAAAAUCAAAUGGAGCAUUCAAAGCAGCCUUCUGCACGUUUUCGUUUCACUUUUUAAAUGAUUCAGAGCGACAGGGGUCAAUAAAACAAAAAGGCAACGAGCAGACGAUGCGCGUAGCUGAGGGCCUCCGUGUUCUGACGUCACCCGCGCCUCGCGUGAUGUCAUCGUUUGGCGUUUCUGUGCGGGAGCUGCUGCUGCGACGGCCGGUUUUCUUGUUGUUUUUUUCCCUUCCUUUGGAAGUGAGGGCGUGUUUUUGUGUGGAUAUUUUUUUUUAUGUACAGGAUAAGUUUGCAUUAAAUGAAGUGCAGAAAUGGUUGUAAUUGAGCGUCGAAGAGACAAUAUGCGGCUGUAUUCGUGCAGUGUGUUGCUGUAUGAGCGAAUGUCACUGCGGAUUUGCCGAAUGCUUGCUGUUCCUGUACGCGGUUUAUAGCGUGUUGAAAAUAAAUGACUCAUU